AUGUCUCGAUGAUAAUUAUAAUACUAUAUUACCUGAAAUAGUGGAGUUUCCAAUUGAAUCUGAUAAUGAGGAUAGAAACGAUAAUGGUGAAAAAAGUUCCAAUUUUGAAUAUGGUAUUGCCGUAUCUGAUGAAGAGGAUAAUCAAAGCGACCAUGAUACUGUUGAGCCUAGAAAUUUUGAUAGUAGUGAAAAU